AUGUGUAGAGCCUUCCUUACGACGUUGAAGGGUGCGGCAAGAAUUUGGUUCAGCCGGUUGACGCUCAGUUCCAUCAACACUUUCAAGGAGCUAAGCGCUCAGUUUACUGUGCACUUCAUCGGGGGACAUAGGUAUAAGAAGUCUACGGCUUGCUUGAUGAGCAUCAGGCAGCGAAAGGACGAGACGCUAAGAUCCUACAUAUCCUGCUUCAAUAAGGAAGCACUCUUGAUCGACGAAGCCGAUGACAAGAUACUUGUAGCGGCAUUCACGAAUGGGCUGCGGAAGGGAAAAUUUUUGUUCUCCCUAUACAAGAACAACCCGAAGACUAUGUCAGAAGUACUUUACAAGGCCACCAAGUACAUGAAUACUAAAGAUGGGCUGUUGGCUCGAGAGGAAAAGCCCAAGAAAAGGGAGAGACAAGAAGAUACAUGGCAAGACCAAAGGUGGAAGAAGGCAAGAACAGGAGACCAAAGGGAUGAAAGGUGCUCUAGGACCCCAGGAGGAAGAUUCACAAGCUUCACCCCGUUAACUGCCCCAAUAGACCAAGUCUUAAUGCAAAUCAAGGACGAGGAGGCUUGA